AUGACAACCACGACAGUCCUUGGAGGCCACGAGCCCAAGGAGGUCAUGCCGGCGGGCUUAGAAGCUCCUACCACGGCCGGCGAAGUGCCGGUCCCGACGCUAAUGGCGGAGACGGAGGCGGAAGCAGUGCCCGAGGACGACGAGCUUGCUCGCUCUGACCUCCCUUUUUCCAAGCUUCGCUGCAUUCUUUUGGUGCUGACACUCGCUGGUGCUGGCUUCUUGAACACACUGUCUGUCCAAAUUGUCGUCAUCAUCCUGCCGAGCAUUGGUGACGACCUCGGAAUACCCGAGACUCGCCUGCAAUGGGUCGUCUCGGCCUACUCACUGGCAUUUGCCUGCUGCCUGCUGCUUUGGGGCCGGAUCGCUGACCUGGUUGGCAAGCGGCUCAUCUUUGUGGCCGGGAGUGCCUUUGUGGCCCUCACCAUGAUCAUCAACCCUUUCCUCACUAAUGAGAUUGCCUUUGACCUAUUUCGUGGCCUUCAGGGUGUCGGCGCGGCUGCGAAUGUCCCGACCGCCAUUGGUAUCCUCGGAGUCACUUUCAAGCCAGGCAAAGCUAAGAACUAUGCCUUUAGUACAUAUGCCGCGGGUGCCCCCCUUGGCGCCGUCAUCGGCAAUCUCAUUGCAGGACUGAUCGCGAGCUACGCCAACUGGCGCUGGGUCUUUGGCGCAACCGCGGGCCUCGCGAUUCUUGUGACCAUUGCAGGGCUUCUCGUGAUCCCCCGGCCCCCGCCAAACAGCGCGGCCGCAGCCAAAGAGGGCCUCUCCUUCCUCAAGGAUGUUGACUGGAUAGGCGGCGCACUCAUCACGCUGGCCCUGCUGGCAAUGCUCUUCGCCCUAACCGAAGGCAACGUGGUCGGCUGGUCCACAGUCUGGAUCUACAUGCUCAUGAUCAUCUCGCUGCUGCUGACGGCGAUCUUCGCGGGCUGGCAGCUGUACCAGGAGAAGCACCUGUCGCACACGCGCACGCCGCUCAUGAAGGUCACCAUCUUCCGCAACGGCAAGUUCGUUGCGGCCAUGACCAUCAUGGGCAUCAUGUUUGGCGCCUUCAGCGACCUGCUCGUCUACGCGACGUACUUCUGGCAGGACUACCAGGCGCUCUCGGCCAUCGAGACUACGCUGCGCUUCAUCCCGACUUCGGCAUUCGGCCUCAUUACCGCCUUCGUCAUGUCCCACCUCAUCUCGCGCGUGCCCACGUGGAUUAUGCUCUGCGUGGGCACUGUCUGCGUCAGCGUCGCGUGCAUGCUCCUCGCGGUGCCCGUACCGGACAACAUGACCUAUUUCGCCGUCGGUUUCCCGUCAAUGAUUCUCGGAGUCAUCGGCGCGGACGUGGCCUGGCCCACGCUCGUGCUGUUCACCUCCAAGACGCUUCCCGAGGCUGACCAGGCCAUGGGCGGCGCGCUGAUCAACGCCUCGGGCAUGUUUGGCCGGGCGAUCGCGCUGGCCAUCACGACGGCGGUGCAGUCCGCCGUCAUGGCUCGGGAGCGAGGCGUGGGCGUCGAGGACGCGGGCAGCGUGGUGGCUUGGGACUAUGCGAGCUUGCAAGGGAUCAGGGCCGGGAACUGGUUCAACUGCGGGUUUGGGCUGCUGGGCACGCUGCUAGUGUGUGUGGCGUUCCGGGGUACCGGGAUCGUGGGCAAGGUGGACAAGCCACCGUUGACAACGACGAGCACGACGCGGGCCUCGUCGGUCGCUGAGGGUGAUGAGGGUGCGGAUGAGGAGAGGGGGGGGGCCGGCAGGAUAAUCCAGGAUGUCAGUGCGCGGGAGAAGCAGGCGUGA